GACCCUUUUAGUUAGUGUUUUCAUCGCAGUGCCGCACGUGGAAUUAAAUUUUGGAAAACAACGCAAUUGUCUAAAACGAAAUAGCAACCGAAAAAGAUCACAUUAUGGAGGUGGAGAACAUCAAGGCCGACGCCUUCGAGCCAACGAAGAAGGCUACCAAGCGCAGUGCCGCCGGGAGCAGCCAGCAGGACACCGAGAUGCAGGUGGACGAGGCGACUGGCAUCGAGGGUCAAGUACUGGGUUCCGCACGGGCUUCCGCCCCGCCCAAGGCGAAGCGGGCCAGGAGCGAGCUGCGCAAGGUGUCCGUGCCGCCGCACCGUUACUCCUCCCUUAAGGAGCACUGGAUGAAGAUCUUCACGCCCGUGGUGGAGCACAUGAAGCUGCAAAUCCGCUUUAACAUGAAGGCACGCCAGGUGGAGCUGCGCAUCGGUCCGGAAACGCCAGACAUUGCCAACCUGCAGCGAGGAGCGGACUUUGUGCGUGCCUUUCUUUGCGGCUUCGAGGUGGACGAUGCCCUGGCACUGCUGCGACUGGAGGAUCUCUUCGUCGAGUCCUUCGAGAUCAAGGAUGUGAAGACGCUGCGCGGCGACCAUCAGUCGCGUGCCAUCGGUCGCCUGGCCGGCAAGGGUGGACGCACCAAAUUCACCAUCGAAAACGUGACCAAGACCCGCAUUGUGCUCGCCGACAGCAAAAUCCACAUUCUGGGCAGCUACCAGAACAUCCAGCUGGCGCGCCGUGCCGUCUGCAACCUGAUCCUUGGAUCGCCGCCCAGCAAGGUGUACGGAAACCUGCGCUCCGUCGCCUCACGCCUCUCGGAGCGCAUGUGAUCGGGACUGUGAUCUCGCCCCAUCGCAGCGGGAAGAAGUAGUUCUUUGUUUUUUUUAGCAUUAGCAAUAAAUAAUAAAUAUAACAUGUA